AAAUAUACACUAUAAAUACUAUAGAAAAUGAAAAUGGGUGUAUAUGUAUUUACCUAUAUACACGUAAAAAUUAUAUUUGCAAAAAGAUAGAUGAUAGAAUAAUGAGAGUAAUGGAUGAAUUAAAGGUACCUCUCUGUCGGGGUAUUAUGGCAGCACGCCUUUUAUAGUGUGAAUUAAUUUUCUAGAGAAGAAGGGAAAAAGUGUUUACGAGAAUACCAAUGGGAACAGUUUGCACUGCGCCUUGGUCCCUCCCUGUCUCCGUACUCGCCCUGUGGCGUCCACAAUGAGGAGGACGAAUUAGACCCUACCGGUGCAGGUACAUCAGAGGGGUGGGCAUGGCGAGUAGGUGGGGUCGCUACUCUCCUUCUGUCCGUAGCAGAAAGCACCAGUAGAUCACCCUCAGUGCGGAAAUAAAGAGGUGUGGGGAGCCGGUGCGGACAGCUUUGAAAUUCCUGAAUUUGCAGCACUGAACAGCACAAGGUGUAGGCUACCGACAUGCACCCUGAUAUCCAUCUCUCCCUCCUCUUCACGCUGCUGCUUUUUCAAGACCAGCACUGAAGAAUUCCUAUUAUCUUCUCCUCAACGUGAUUUCCUGCCUCCCGUACUUAAAAGGCUGCUGGUUUCCAGUUCAGCAGGGCACCUCAGUGAUGGAGAUACAAACCAGCCAUGAGAACAUCAUAAAGAUCAACUCAGCGGGAGAAAUGAUGCAGUGCUCAGCAGCCAUGGAUGUCCUCUUUCUCAUGGAUGGAUCUUACAGCGUGGGGAAGGGCAGCUUUGAGAGGUCCAAACACUACGCAGUCAAACUCUGUCAAGCACUAGACAUUGGGCCAAACAAGGUACGAGUCGGCUUGAUUCAGUUUGGUUCCGCUCCCCGGCUGGAGUUCGCCCUGGACUCAUACACCACCAAACAAGAGCUGAAGAAGCACAUUAAGAAGAUUUCUUACAGGGGAGGCGGCACCCAGACAGGCCUGGCUCUAAAAUACGUGCUGAGGAAGGGUUUCCCAGGCGGCCGUAACUCCUCCACGGCGGCCCGGAUCGCCGUCCUCUUAUCAGAUGGGAGGUCUCAGGGGAACGCGGUGCAGGCAGCUGCACAGCUCAAAGAGACAGGCGUGGUCUUGUUCGCCGUGGGCCUUCGCUACCCCAGGUGGGAAGAGCUACAUGCUUUGGCCAGUGAGCCGAUGGAGAGCCACGUCUUUUUCGCCGAGCAUUUCCAUGAUGCUGUCAAUGGGCUGUACACCACACUGACCGCCUUCUCUGUCUGCAGUGCCACACCUGCAGGCUGUCAGGUGGAGUUGUUUCCCUGUGAGAGGAAGACACUGGAGACAGUGAAAGAGUUGCAGGGGAAUUUCAUGUGUUGGAAAGGCUCCAAAGGUUAUUCCCCAUACACGUCUCUCUGUCCAUUCUACAGGUACAACAAAGUGUACAAGAGACACCAGACAGUCUGCCAUCGGACUAUCUGUCCAGAUCCCUGUGACUCUCAGCCCUGCCUGAAUGGUGGAACAUGUGUAUCAGAAGGUCCAAAGGGUUACCACUGCGUAUGUCCACCUGGCUAUGGAGGAGACCCACACUGUGCUCCUGCAUUAUCACUGGACUGCUCUGUAGACUUGCUGUUCCUGGUGGAGGGCUCUGCCACGCUCACAUUGGAAGGCUUCCUCCGCCUCAAGUCCUUCUUAAAGCGCUUCCUGCAGACUGUGAUCGGGUCGGAUAGCCCCAGUAAAGUUGGCCUGGCGGUGUUUGGCGCAGAGGCAAGAGUCGUGGCCCAGGUGGGGAAGUUCAAAAGGGACCUCAGAGGUCUGCUUAAGGCUGUGGAGGCACUUCAACCGAUCGGCGGCGAGACCCAGACAGGCCAGGCACUUCGUUACGUUACACGUCACGGCUUCGUGAGCGCGCCAGUCUAUGCAGACGUGUCGGACGAUCUGCCCCGCGUGGUGGUACUGCUCACUGCCACUCCCGCUGUUGACGAAGUGGUAGAGCCAUCUAAAUAUGCACGCGACAGAGAGAUCUUUUUGAUAGGAGUGGGACCAGACUACUUAAAGGGACAACUGAAUAAUAUCACAGGAAAUCCCCAGAGGACUAUCACCUACUCAUCACCUGAGUUCAGUGCCAAGAUCCCUGAACUCAGGGCUAAGAUUUGCAGUGUGGAUACACAAGGUUGUCUUGGCCAAGCGGUAGACCUGGUGUUUGCCCUGGAUGCCUCAGGUGGUGUCAGCCUUGAUAACUUUGACACCCUGCGCGACUUUGUGCGCAGCCUCACCGUCCAGUUCGACAUCAACCGUGAUGUGGCUCAAGUGGCACUUGUGACCUAUGGUCGGAGAGCCACCAGCGUCUUCAACCUGGACACCCAUGAGACCGGCUCUGCCAUCCUCAAGGCUGUAGGUGAUGCCAGCUACGUAGGUGGAGUGGCUUCUACGGGCACAGCUUUACUUCAUAUCCACUCCAACGUCCUGACAGUGGCCAAAGGGGCACGGCCCGGAGUCAAUAAGGCUGUGGUGGUGGUGACGGAUGGUUCAGGCGGGGACGACGCUGGUGUCCCAGCUCGAAAGAUAAGAGAUAAUGGAGUCUCACUGUUUGUGAUCGGUAUCGGGGAUGUACAGAGAGAGAGGCUGCUGCAGAUUGCUGGUUCAGAGGAGCACAUGAUCUCUGUGCCGUCUUAUGAGGAUCUCAAGUACUUUGAGGAUGUGCUGGUGCAGAUGCUGUGCUCAGAGGCUAAAAUGCCAGUAAACCUGUGCAAGCCCAACCCGUGUAUGAAUGAUGGGAUCUGCAUCGUGUCCGGAGGGAGCUUCCGUUGUCGGUGCCAAGGCUAUGAAGGACCACACUGUGAAACAAGUCAGAAGCAGCAGACCUUCAUCCAGAGGAGAUCUUCCGAGGCCUGGUGGUCUCAGGAAGAACAGCAGGCAGAAGAAGAGCCACCAGGAGCUCUUGCAUCAGUACAAACUUCACCGCAGGAGACAUGCUGCCUGAUACAUUAACCCCAUAGAAACAUGUCACUUAUGGACACCAAGGGUGUUUAUGGGUACACAGUGGAGUAAAAGGGAAAACUAAUAUUACUGUUUCAAUAUUUAAACUUGCACUCGAACUUCAACAAGUGCCUUCCAACUCUAUAUAUUUCUACCGCAGUGUUUUUGUUUUUCUUGAAUUUGUCAGCCAUCACUGUACUCACUGUUGUGCAGCGUCAACAUGGUUCCCUUGUCAAUUCAAAAAUGUAAACUUUUAUGUUAUAUUAUAGUGUGUAUAUAUCAGUGUCAUAAUUUUAUUUUAUUUUUUAAUGUAUAAUCACCACAACCUGCUUUCGUCCUUCCAACCAAGACUGAAACAUGAAAUUUGUGCCAAAGAACACUUUUUAUACCAAGUGCCAAAUAUAAUAUUUGGACAUUCUUCUUUACAAAAACUGCUUUUUUUUAGAUGUUAAAACGAUGUUUGUUAAACAUAAACAUGUGUGUAUUUCCUUAUAUAGUUAAAACACUCAGGAAAAAACGUAUAAUGCAGCAAAUUGCAUAGUGUAUGAUUUAUCAAUUCUGCUUUAGUAAAAAGUGUCCAUAUUAAACAGUAGAAUAAUUCCACUUGUACAGCUAACACACUUUAAAAUGGUAGAUUUGAAGUGGCUAGUCAUUUAAAUUAAUUUAAUUUAAAACUGAAACACUUUGAACCUUUGAAACAUUUUCCAGAUGAACAUCCAAUUAUCAAAUGACUCCCCUUCAUGAAUGCUUUAUUACUUCAUUAGUGAGAAGUGACGGAGUUGACUGUAAAAAUUACCCUGUUAAAUUUUAAUGUCGUAGGAUUCAGUGUCCAACUUUGAGUCAAUUUUCAAUAGACAGGCAGGACUGGAAGAUGUAACGAAGGCAAAAGGAGACAUUUAAAGGAAUUUCAGGCCAUGA